AUGGCUACUACGCUUCCAAAAUUUGUAUGCAUUGCUCUUCUGGUUUGGACUAUUGUCUGUGUUUCGACUUGUUCCUCUUAUGGAGAAGAAAACAGCUAUGAUAAUUGCUCCUAUAGAAAUUGGCGGGGUUGUGGAAGUUUCUAUGGCAGGGGAGAUAAUAAUAGAGGAGUGAAUCGUGCUAAUCAAGGGUAUGGUGGUGGCGGCGGAGAAGGUGGGGGUGUUGGGUCUGGUCACGGUGAAGGUUAUGGAGCUGGUGGCGGCGUCAGUGGUAAUGGCGGAGGUGGUGGGGGAGGUGGUGGAGAAGGUGGGGGAAGCGGAGCUAAUGGUGGGUCGGGUCACGGGAGUGGGUUUGGUGCGGGUGUUGGAAUGGGGACCUCUGGGACCGGUGGUGGUGGUGGAGGUGGAGGAGGAGAGGGUGGCGGAAGUGGUGGUACUGCAGGUGGGUCCGGUUCCGGGUCGGGUCAUGGCAGCGGUUCUGGUGAAGGAGGAGCCGGUGGUGGCAGUGGCGGUGGAGGUGGUGGUGGUGAAGGAGGUGGGAAUGGUGAAAAUGGUGGUUCUGGUCAUGGUAAUGGUUUUGGUGCUGGGGCUGGUGUUGGUGGCAGUGAAGGAGGUGCAGGUGGCGGUGGCGGUGGCGGUGGAGGUGGUGGGGAAGGAGGUGGUUCAAAUGGUGGUGGGUCUGGUCACGGUAGUGGUUUUGGUGCCGGUGGUGGUACUGGAGGAGCAGGAGGCGGAGGAGGUGGUGGUGGAGGAGGAGGAGGAGGUGGUAGUGGUUCUGGUUCUGGUCAUGGUAGUGGCUUUGGAGCAGGUUUUGGUUUUGGAAGUGGCGGAGGAGGUGGCGGUGGAGGUGGAGGUGGCGGUGGUGGUGGUGGUGGUAGUGGUGGGGGAGAAGGUCAUGGUGAGGGUAGUGGGUUUGGAAUGGGAAGUGGGAAAGGAGAGGGUACUGUAGGAAGUGGCGUUGGAAAAGGUUACGGUGGAAGUAGUAGUAAAUCAGGUAAUGGUAUGAGUAUGGGAUUUGGAAUGGGCAUGGGAAUGGGUUUUAGCAUGGGAAGUGGGGGUGGAGCUGAUGAUACCACCAAUACUAAUACUAAGCAAGUCGAUGACCACCGCCCGUAGGCGCCAACUUAUACAUUUCACUAUCUACCAUUUUCGGUAGAUUCUCAUUUUGAUACUAUACUAUGUUCAUCAAUUACAUGCACAAUCAUGACUUUGGGGAGCAGAAGAGAACAUAUAAAAUUCAUGACAACGACAAUUAGCCGUAAUAAAUUUACAAUUAAGUUUGUUUCUUACUUUUUUCGUUUUUUGUUUUCUCAAAAUAAUAUCAUAUGAUUGGACACCUAUAAGUGGAUUGUUUACUCUUUACA